AUGCCAACUCCAUCAUCCAAUCCGCCCGCUGAGGCGUCGUCUCCUCGCUCCUACAGCUUCUCGACCUGCCCUGACGACGUUCAACAUCAGCAGCGCCCUUCCUGGCAGUCGCGCGAGGCCGUCCAAGACCACAACGACGACAUGGGCGUUCAACCCACGCCUGACGCUUCGCCGCUCACCGUUGACGCGCCGCCCGCACCCGAAGGUCCAGCGAGCGACGACACCGUCAUGUACGAAGGACGCUCAUCCGAUGACCCAUCGACGAGAUCAUCUACCAUGUCUCCCCGACCCCAAUCUGCCAACACUGCAGUCACAUCUCCCAUAUCCAGCGGGCCCAGUUCCGACGUCACCAAGGGUCGAGACGCCGAAAUCGGCAGCCAGCUGAGCCAGGAAACCUCAAACAACACAAGACAAUCCUCCGAAACCGAAACCAUAUCUCGCGCGCCGUCCAGCCGUAGAGGCUCGCCGAACCGCGAGUUGGAGUGGAUUGAUGCGGAUGCGCAAGAAGAUGAGCUCUGGGCUCCAUCGAUGGGAGCCGACUUCUCGUGCAUGCGGACAAUUCCUUCAUCACCAUCAUCAUACCUACGAUCGGGUAGCCGAUUCCACGGCACACAGCAAUCUGAGCGUCAAGUAUACGAUGUUCAGGUGGAGAUUAAGCAUGUCGACAUGCGCGAGUCUUUUCUCUGCGGAUAUCUCCGCAUUCAAGGCUUAACUGAGGACCACCCAACUCUCACGACAUACUUUGAAGGCGAGAUCAUUGGGUCCAAAUACAGCUUUUACACCCAGCAUGAAAACUGGGGUGCGAACAGCAAGGUUGACUUGAGCCACUGGGCCAAGUUCGCCGCCUUCCGCCCAUUCCAGAAACAGGCUCGAAAGGGACCCGUCAUGAUCCGCGAUGCCGCUCAGAGGGAAACCAUCUUUAUGCGGUGGAAGGAACACUUCCUGGUCCCCGAUCACAGAGUCCGCACCAUAACAGGUGCCAGCUUCGAGGGCUUCUACUACAUCUGCUUCAACCAAGUCAAGGGUGAAGUUAGCGGCAUCUACUUUCACUCCAAGAGCGAAAAGUUCCAGCAACUGGAGCUAAAGCAUGUCCCUGACCGGGGCUGCUUUGCCGCAACCGAAUUCCGUUGAGCACAAAUGUAUCGGAACCUAACACACUCCGAAUGCGGUGUUGCCUAGGGCACACUGCUUGUUUCUUACUUCAGUCUUGGCUGGGCUUGGUCGGAAAUAUCCAUAUUGAUAUACAGUAACACAUAGAUGGGAAGCGGGUUGGGCAUGAUCCCGUUUUGUUAUGACGUCUUGACGGGCCUACGCGAGUAUUUUUUUUUUUUUUUUAGUGGGUUCACAAGGCUUGGGAUUUCUGGGAGCCUGUCACAUAUGAAAGCGGAGCACGGGAAAUGUUUGAUGGGAGCAGAGCGAGAUCAUUCCUGUACUUGAGGUUUAUUCGUCAGCCUCGAACUUGUUGAAAUAUCCACGCCGAAAUGGGUUGAGUUC